AAACUUUUGAUUUCUUUUUACGGUGAUAAAUAUGAUAUGCUAACGUUGGUAAUAAUGACUGUCAGACGAAAAUUCGCUGCAUAUUCAGCGAACAGCAAAAUGGCCAAAGGAUGACAACAUACGGCUGUCAGUUGAAGGAGAAAGUUGAUAUUUUGAAGAGAAUUAAAGGAAAAUGUCUCACAUUCAGUAUGUGGACGAAUUGGUCAAGGAAUAUCUGCUCUUCAGAGGUUUUAGCCAAACCUUGAAAGCUUUUGAUAACGACUUGAAAGCCGAGAAAGAAAAAGGCUUUAGGGUUGAUAAGAUCGUCGAUCAAUUGAUGCAAUACAUAUACAAUUAUGACUUAGCAUCUUUAAGAGAAUUAUGGGGACAUUUAGACAUGAGGAUGUUCUCCCGUUUGGAAAGUCAUUUUACACCAGCUGUGAGAAAACUAGAGAAUGCUGUUCUAAAAAUGUACUUGGUUAAUGCAGCAGUAAACAAUAAACAAGAUCGGAUUCAAGAAUUUUUUACAAAAAUGACACCAGAGUUACAAGGACAUUCAGAGUGGAAAGAAUGGUUUGCAUUGCCAUUUGUUAAAAAUCCUGAAGACAAUCCAGCAUACUCUGUACAUUUUAGUAGACAAUGGCAGGACACUAUGUUAGUGUCCCUGCACAAUUUCCUUGCUACUAUUUUUCAAUGUAUGCCACAACCGACGUUGCUUGCGAUAGACGAGGACACAAAUAGAUUGAAACGGCUUCAAGAAGAGAAUGAAGUAUUGAAACAACGUUUAAGCGAGUCUGUUAAGAUAGAAAAUGUAAUGGAUGUAAAUCCAGGACCAGCUCCUCAGCAUCCACCACUCAUGGAUGACUUUUACAUUAUAGCACAAGAAUCUCCUUUAUUAGAGAAUCCAAAGACCUUAAGGAAUCUCAUAAGAAAUAUAGGCGGCGGUUCCAGUCCAAUUUUAAGUAGAAAGCCUGGGACAAGUAUAAGAAAAGUAGUAGAACCGGAAGUGACAUCAACAAAAAGAACCAAUACGAAAGGAAAAAUACAUUCGAUCAAUAAAUCCGAACCUGUUAGUAAAAGAAGUAUUAGUUGUGAUUCAAGAUUAACAAGCUCUAGAAAAAGAGAUUCGUCUAUUGAUGCAGUAGCUGAGCGAAAGGCUAAAGAUAAAAUCGAUUCCACUUACAUUCUUCUUAGUCAGGAAGAGUAUACAGAACAUAAAACAUCAAUAAUUCAAUGUAAAAGUAAUGCAAGUGGCUCCUACGUAGCUACAGGUGAUGCAGACGGUAUUAUUAAAGUAUGGACCCCGAUACCUUCACCAAAAACUGUUACUACAUUUAUCUCUGCUCCAGCAAACUCAAACAAAGCAAUUACUGCGUUAGACUGGAUAUCAAAAAAUGAGCGUUAUUUUUUACAUGGUGAUAACAAUGGAUUGAUUCAAUUACAUGAUACUCGUGAUUGCAAAACCUUAUGGGACAUUCAACAUGAGAACUCUCGAAUCAUUACUUUGUUAUGCAAUCCAACGGAAUCCACAUUUGUAUGUUCUGUAUCAGAUUCGAACGAAGGAAAAUUAUUAUUGUACGACAUAAAAACAAGAAAAUUAGAAAGAACUUUACCUAUGGAACAAAAUGUAACUGCGUUGUGUUCCGCAUUUAAUCAUAACGGGCAGCUCCUUAUCACAGGGUUAUCCAAUGGAAAUAUUUUAAUACAUGAUUUAAGACGGAACGAAAUUAUUGAUAAUAUAAGCUGUCAUUCGAGUCCAGUUAUUGAUAUAGAACUAAUUAAUGAUUAUACAAAUAUCUGUACACAAAGUGAGGAUGGAAAAUUGUGUCAAAGAAGUUUGAAUCAUUCAGGAAAGAUUUUAUGGGAAACGAAAAUCAAGGUAGAGAAAAACACAGUCCAUGGAAAAUUGUUCACUUUUGACCAAAGCGGUAACUAUAUGCUACUUUGUACACAAACUGGAGGAAAUAUAUAUAAAAUGCCACCAGGUGCACAAGCAAAGAUUUUAGAAUUAGGCGGACAUAAAGGUACACUUUGCUGCGACUGGUCUACCGCCAAUCAAUCCGGAACGUGUAUAACUGGUGGUGCGGAAGGGAAAGUACGCGUGUCGACGUUGCUCUCACCAUGAUACAGAAGCAAAAUUAGUAUCUGUGUGAAUUCAUGAAAUAAUGUGUAAAAUUUCUAAAACUAGCUCAAAUUUGUAGAUACUAAAUAUAUAUCUAGAAUACUGAACGUCAAGACGAAACUUUUUAAUCAUUAUGUUGCAUAAUGAAAUCAUUUAAAAAAAAAUAUUCAAAGUAAGGUAAAAUUAAAGAAAAGAUCCAAAUAUUUUAUGAAGAGUACAAUGAAAGCAAACGUAUCAUGCGUUAAUGCAAAAUCAAGUGUAUUAUAAUCCUAUCUUUAAAAUGGAAUCAGGGACUACCAAUUGUAAAAUGUACAGGAACUAAUAUAAGUGUAAAGAAAGGAUACAUAAGGUACCUAUGAAUGUCGCGUUAAUUAAUAGGACACAUGAUCGAACGACUUUGUAAAAAAAAGAAUAAAAUUCUAAUAAUUUAUGUAGCGAUAUCAUGUGUACACCUAAUAUUAAAAAUCUAAGAUACACCUGUAAGAGGUACGGGAAUUUGUCAAUAAAUAUUGGGCAAUUUUAAAACA